CCCACCGGCGCAAGUCUCGCGACAUUCGCGGGGGAGGGUGGUGCGAGAUGUGCGGCGGCUGUGUGGGCACCGAGUACCCGGAGCGGGGCACCACCUGCCUGGAGGGCGGAUCUUUCCUCCUGAACUUCGUGGGGUGCGCGCAGUGCGGCCGCCGGGACUUCGUGCUGGUCAGCAACCGGGCCGAGGGCCUGCAGGGCGAGGAGGAGAUCGUCACCUAUGACCACCUGUGCAAGAACUGCCACCACUUGAUCGCACGCCACGAGUACACCUUCAGUGUAGUGGACGACUACCAGGCUGAUUCCCACCUUCCCUGGGACAGAGCCUCAAAGGAUUCAGAGCCUCAUCCCUGUGUCCAGGACUAUGUGGAGUCCCCCCAGCACUGGAAUAUACCAUGCUGUGCCUGCUCUGCGGCCGUGCUGAGGAUUCCGUCAGCAUCCUGCCUGACGACCCUCGCCAAAUGACCCCGCUGUUCUGAUCCCCGUGCAUAUCCUGGGAUGAGCUUUCAGGAGCUCCUGGAUCCCCAGCACUGUAAUUUCUGGGGCCCACACAGUUCCUAAAAUUAUUUGCUCCUCCAAACUUCCAGCCUGGAUGCAGCAAACACCCAACACCAGAUGCUCCCAUUUAUCUGGAGCCUUUUGGCUCCAACCCUGACUGCAAGAAUGGGAUGCAGUGCCGCGGCCCGAGCCCCCUGUGUGCUGAAGACGUAAAGGGGUCCCCCAAAACAGGAUGCAAAAGGAUUCCCACCCCAUCCCACCUCAGGAGCCCUCAUAUGUGGGAUAAUAAAUGUGACAUGUGACA